AUCCACCCUCCCCCUCUUCCUGCUUGCUAACUCCACAGCGACAGCGAGGAGCAAUUGACGCCCAGGUAGACAUUACUAUCACAUACACACGUAGCACUUAACCCACCCAGGUUUGCCGAGGAGGAACACGGGAGAAGACGAGAGGCUGCUGCUGCUGCCGCCGUUUCUGGACAGCUGACCUGAGCGACCUGGAGAGCUAACACACCUGUGUGAGCUUCACUGGAGAAUGUAGCUGCAGCCCUCCAGCCAAGCCACAGGAAACACGCCACCAUGGGAGAAGCUCAAAAGGGCUUACUCUCUGUCAUUGAGAAACUGAAGGGAUCCACAGAGCAGGAGGUCAGGAUAGUGCUUCUGGGGUUGGACAACGCCGGCAAGACCACCCUGCUGAAGAGCCUCGCCUCUGAGGAUGUGAACACCAUCACGCCAACACAGGGCUUCAACAUAAAGAGCGUUGCCUCCCAUGGCAUGAAACUCAACGUCUGGGACAUUGGAGGCCAGAGGAAGAUCAGGCCCUUCUGGAAAAAGUACCUGGAAAACACAGACCUGUUGAUUUAUGUUAUUGACAGCGCAGACAAGAAGCGGUUUGAGGAGACGGGACUGGAGCUGUCCGAGCUGAUCGACGAGGAGAAUCUAAAGGGCGUUCCAGUGCUCAUCUUUGCCAAUAAGCAGGAUCUGGCCACAGCAUCGCCGGCCAGUGAGAUCGCCGAGGGACUCAACCUGCAUACGUACCGGGACCGUGAGUGGCAGAUUCAGGCCUGCUCAGCUGUGUCUGGGGAGGGCGUUCAGGAUGGCAUGAACUGGAUUUGCAACAACAUCGUGAAUAAGAAAAAGUGAGCCAGCGUCCCAAACAACACUGACCCGAGUCAAAGAGAGAACCAGCAUCACGGAAGCAAUUCAAAACAUAUUUCACUUCAUUUAACAUCAGCGCACCUCGCCCAUGGCAGGUCCCGCCCCCCCUGCAGAUCUGAAUGAUCUGAACAAUUCUGUUUUUACUGAUUCUGUAAUUUUUAUGAACAUUUUGCAAAUGUAGCUAAUUUAAAGAAAGAUGAGUGAAUUUGGCAUUAAUUAGUCAUUGUUCUAUUCCAAAAAAUGUAUGUUUAUUGUUGUCCCAAGGGUCCUUGUCUGGUGAAUUUGUGUGCUUUCUGAGGAAACCAAACUGACUGUGUAGCCAUGUAGAGCUGUUGGGGUUUGUCAGUUACAUAGACACCAGUUCAGUGUGAGUGUAAAGUAUGUGUUUUGAGAUUU